UAGGUGCACGCCAAAUUUCAUCUGGCAACACUACGACGAAUGCAACGUGCUUUUUCUUCCGCUCGGUAUUUUGCCAGUAAAAAACUAUUCGAAAUGGGCGUACAAGUUGUUCCAAUUGCUCCCGGAGAUGGCAGCACCUUCCCGAAGAAUGGGCAGAAGGUGACAGUCCACUACACCGGCACCCUGGAUGAUGGCACCAAGUUCGAUUCGUCGCGCGACCGCAACAAGCCCUUCAAGUUCACCAUCGGCAAGGGCGAGGUCAUCCGCGGCUGGGACGAGGGUGUCGCCCAGUUGAGCGUCGGCCAGCGCGCCAAGCUGGUCUGCUCGCCCGACUAUGCCUACGGCAGCCGUGGCCAUCCCGGCGUCAUCCCGCCCAACUCCACCCUCACUUUCGAUGUGGAGCUGCUCAAGGUCGAGUAGGCGCCUCCUCCCGGUGGAGAGAUGUGCGUGCGCCUGUGGCUGUGUAUACCACCGGACGCACGGACAGGCGCACGCCCGCUGAGCCGAAGCAAGAACACCAAACACCGGAACCAGAACAAUCCAGCAGCAUUUGCCGAACCCAUAAAAAGAGAGGAAAAUAUAAGAAGAAAUCACAAAAAACUCAAAAACCAAGCUCUGCACUUAGAACUAAUUUAACCGCAAUGGGUAACGCAUAUUCUACAAAUACAAAAUAAACAUUUAUUCAAGUCAAUGA